AUGGCUAUCGCACGCCCAAUUCGCAUGCUGGGAGCAGCAUGUAUUCUGCUCUGUCUCUUCUUGGUUUUCCAAUUACGCCAGGCCCCCUCUACGGUUGGCUCCAAAUUGAUCCAUGGAAUGAAAAGGGAUCCUCUUUUAGAUCCAACCGGUGAACCAGCAGGACCCUUAUGGCGAGCCGAUGACAAGGAUUAUGCCCCCGAUAGCCCGAACUCAGCCCGCACCAACGCGGCGCUGAUCUCCCUGGUCCGAAACGAGGAACUCGACGAUCUGGUCUCCACUAUGGGAGACCUCGAGCGCACUUGGAACCACAAAUUCAACUAUCCAUACAUCUUCUUUAACGAUAAGCCCUUCACUGAGGAGUUCAAGAAGAAGACCCAGGCGGCGACCAAGGCCAAGUGCCAAUAUGGUAACGCCACCCUCACAAACCAGCUGGUGCCCAAGGAACACUGGGAGGUUCCUAGUUGGAUCAACAUGGACCUUUUCCGGGAGUCCGCACAGAUGCUGGAAGAACAGGACAUCCAGUAUAGCUCAAAGAUCUCCUACCACCAGAUGUGUCGCUGGAACAGUGGCCUGUUCUACAAGCACCCGGCCCUUGAGAAGUAUCGCUACUACUGGCGCAUUGAGCCCAACGUCAAGUUCUUCUGCGAUGUCGACUACGAUGUUUUCCGAUACAUGCAGGACAACAACAAGACGUACGGGUUCACCAUCAACCUUUAUGACGCACCUCAGAGUAUCCCAUCCCUAUGGCCGAGGACGCGCGAGUUCCUUGCGGCGAACCCAGACUACCUGAGCGAGAACAACAUGUGGCAGUGGCUGACCGAUGAUGUGGCCCGACCCGAACACAACAAGAUCGCCAACGGGUACUCGACCUGCCACUUCUGGUCCAACUUUGAGAUUGGUGACCUGGAUUUCUUCCGGGGCGAGAAGUACGAUGCAUACUUCCAGUAUUUGGAUCGUGCUGGUGGUUUCUUCUACGAGCGCUGGGGUGAUGCGCCAGUCCAUUCCAUUGGUGUGGGACUGUUUGCAGACGCUGCCAACGUGCACUGGUUCCGCGAUAUCGGAUAUAACCAUAUCCCCUUCCUCAAUUGCCCUAACUCGCCCAAGUGCUCCGGCUGCCAGGCAGGCCAGAUGUACGCAGGCGAGUCCUUCCUUGGCAAAGAGGACUGUCGCCCCACAUAUUUCAAGUAUGUCGGAACGCACUGA